UGGAAAGCGAAGGCACACCGUAAGGCCACUUCAUACUUUCUCUUCAACAGCUUCUAGGUCGCCUUGGCUCUCGAUCCGCCCUGAACCAUCUGCUUUGCUCCUGUCUUCCAUUAAGUUAACUUUUGGUCGGCUGAGUAGUGCUGCAACCCUCUCUUCGUCCAUCCCAUCCAUUCGCCUGUUGCUGCCAGCUUUCACAAGGGACGCCGCAAAGCUACCAUUACCAUCACAUGACGGCGUCAGAGCGACCUAUUGGACGUCCAUCCCAAAGGUUCCCAGUGACCUGCAUCUCUCUCUCCAUUGUCUUACCUGAUCCAUUUUAUCGAUCCAGAAACGCCCUGUGGCCAAGACCCAGAUCCACGAGAGCUAUCUUGUCCACUUUCUAUUGUCCACCACACACAAAAAAAAGUUACCGAAUAGUUGAGCCUACUCCAAACAGCACACCAAGCUUCCGUAUACUUGUCCAUCCUGAAACAAAGAGCUUCCCUCUCUCUCCACAAGCACCACCACCAACCGCUGCCACACGCUCCCGAUCCAAUACGACCCUCCCCCGCCCGAACACUGUUCGUUCUCGUAAACGACCUAAGCGCCGAUGGUCCCGCCUAUCUCUCCUCUCUGUCUGCUGUCCUUCCGUUAGCAGCACUGCUACAAGUGCCGCGCGAAGAGUGAGGAGUUCAGACAAAGUGUGAGAGGGAAACAAACCGGCAAAAGCUCCGGGAAUCGCGCGAUGGGGGGCUGGACCGGCUUCCUCAUCACUUACCUCCUAGGAGGCCUGACCUUCCUGCCCUUGGUGAUCCUCACCGUCUUCGCCCACGCCUACUUUACCCUCCCAUACCGACAAGAUGCCGAGACGAAUCGCGAUCCAGUUGUCGACGCCGCUGCCGCUGCCGGCGGUCCGGGCUCCAUCGUCCAGCCCGACGACGACCUCACCGCCCUCGAGGCCGUGAAGGCCACGGCAAAGGACGAUGCGACCACGGCAGCUACGAAGCGCUCGGCGCAGGAUAACGACGUCGCGGCGGGGUACUUUGCCGUGUGCAGAGAGUACACUCCCAUGGGUAUCAACGCGAAGCCCAUCGAGAGGUCCACCCCGACCGGCCCGACCACCGUCGCCGCGCCGAGCCAGAGCGUCUAUCAGACCAUGUACAAGAGCAUAUUCGAGCGGAAACCGACGCCAGGACCCUUGGAUAACAGAAACGGGCUGAGCCAGCGUCCCAAGAACGCUGGUAAUGUCUUCUAUGUCGUACUGAGACAUGGGCAUUUGAUGCUCUUUGACGACGACGAACAACUCGAGGUCCGGCACGUAGUCUCCUUGUUGCACCACGACAUUAGCAUAUACUCGGGAGGAGAUGUCACACCAGAAGGCGAGCUUUACAUCAAGAGAAAUGCGCUGUGUUUAUCGAGGAGGUCAGAUGGCCCCGAGGUCGGACCGGACAGCCAGCUGUCCAAGCCGUUCUACCUCUUCUCAGAGAACUGUUCCGCCAAGGAGGACUUUUACUUUGCCAUGCUCCGUAACCAGGAGCAAAACUUUGGCGCUGAGAGAAAGGCGCCCAGGCCGAAACAAUUCGAGGUCAAGAACAUCAUUGCGUUGGUGCAGAAGCUGCACUCGUCCGAGGAGCACCUAUCCACGAGGUGGUUGAAUGCCAUGAUUGGUCGUGUGUUCCUGGGCAUCUACAGGACGACGGACCUCGAGCACUUGAUCCGUGAGAAGCUCACCAAGAAGAUUGCCCGUGUCAAGCGGCCUUCAUUUCUCACCAACAUUGCAAUUCGCCGCAUCGACACCGGCGAGUCUGCACCUAUAAUCACAAACCCGCGUCACAAGGAUCUAAAUGUCGAGGGGGAGUGCGUGAUGGAGGCCGAUGUGCGGUACACGGGCAAUUUCCGAAUGGAAGUUGCAGCUACAGCCCGCAUCGACUUGGGCGCACGCUUCAAAGUCCGCGAGGUCGAUCUCGUUCUCGCAGUGGUCAUCAAGAAGCUCGAGGGCCACAUGCUAUUCAAAAUCAAGCCCCCGCCGAGUAACAGAAUAUGGUUGUCAUUCCACAGCAUGCCAAAGAUUGAAAUGACAAUCGAGCCAAUUGUGAGCGCGAGGCAGAUUACGUACACCAUUAUUUUACGACAGAUUGAGAACCGGAUCAAGGAGGUUAUCGCCGAGACUCUGGUACAGCCCUUCUGGGACGACAUGCCCUUCUUCAAUACGGAACACAAGAAAUGGCGGGGCGGAAUUUGGGACGACGACGACGCCGUGGUCAGUUCACUUAGCGCGGAGACCAACGUGGCUGGAGAGGGCGAUGUGGAGGGGGUCGAUCACCUCGAAGAGACGGGCGAUGUGCAAAGCGACAUGAGACCGAUCGAAAAGAGCCACAGUAUGCCGAUCGUUGAGAACACACCGCCGACGGGCCUGUUCGGCAGGAAGAUUCAGAAUAAGGGGCCGAACAGUCCUUUGAAUAGCUCCUCUACGAGCGUUGAUGCCAUGGGCUCACCUACUACCGCGACGCCGAUACCUAAGCCGUUCAGGUCGCCAUCGAUAUCUAGCCCAGCAAACCCCGUGGUCGGCACCGAUGCUGCGCACGCAGACGUGUUCAAGCCUUCUUCGUCACCACCAGAUCAUGCAUCCAGCAUGAUGGCAGCGCUGUCUGCAAGGUCAACGCCGGUGACGACGCCCUCCGAGACACCCGCCAGACCACCGCCCGUCGCAAAGGCACCGAGCCAGUCCUCCGCAUCCUCGCGCGAAGCCACAGAUAACGAGAACGAGACGGAUCGCACGCCUAUGGCAAAGGAACGCCGUGGCACAGCUUCGUCUUCGGAAUCGAUGCGCAAUACCGAAUCGACUGACCCAAACUCACCCACCACAUCUUCAAGAGCCUCGGUCAGAAGCGCUACGGGCUCCAUCUCCAAGGGCCUCUUUCGGAGAGAGAACACUGGCAGUACGAACUCGACUACAUCGACAAAUGGCGAGGGAAAGCGCACGACGCUCGCUGCCGUUGCCAACGCCGCGGUCACGGCGAGGCAGUGGGGUUGGAAUGCGAUACAGAAGCACAAGGACGCCAAGAACGGCGCCUCGACGGAGCAAAAUCCCCCGCUCGACCUCAACCAGCCGAUGGGCAGGGGUCAGCCUCUGCCUCCACCAGGCACGCCGUUGCCUCCACCUGUGAGAGGCUCUAAAGUGACGACAAUCCCUGUGCCGAAGCGCAAGCCCAUCGCGCCGCCAAAUCUCCCUGAACGGCCUCACUCGGCGGCGACGUCGGAUGCGAAAUCGGAGCGCAGACCCGUGCCGCCGCCACCUCUGCCCUCGCGGCGUCAUCUGGACACGAGCAAGAACACGGACGGCGGUGGUGAGAGCUUGUUGGUUGUGGAAGCGCCGCUCGACUCGGAGCCCUCGACGCCCAUGGAGGAGAGUAUGCCGCCGCCGGCGUACGUUCAGCCCUGGGCCGAGGACGUCUCUGACAGCGAAAGGGAUACCGGUGCUAGGGAGGAGAGGACGAGAGGUCGAGAUCGCAUCGUGGUCGACGAGAAGAAGGGACACGGAAACAAAGAGGAGGAGGAGAGCAAGAGCCGGGCGCCACCGCCGUUACCGCAGCGUCGAGAUACGAAGCUUGACGAUCCUAUUGUGGCCAAGCCGGUGAACGUCUCUGGUGUCGACGAGGACGACGACGAUUAUUCCGCGUGGAUGGAUGAGCAGGACGAGGGUGUCGUCGGUGUAGACGGGAGGCCGAGCGUCAAGGUGAAGUAAUGAUUCUUGGCGGAGUGUCUACGUUUGUUUCGGAUUUUUUGGUGGAGUUGGGCAUCAUGACAUUAGGCGUGGGCAUAUGGCAUUCAUUGAUUAUGGGAUGGGAUCGGGGGUUUAGGGAAUCGGGAGAAGCGGAUCAUGGAGUUUGAAAUAUUUCUUCUUCCUAAGAGUGUAGGAUACCAGACUCUGAUCCGUAUACAUUGCGUACAUAUAUACAUACACAUAC